AUGCUUCCCGCCGCGCUGCUUCUCUGCAGCGUCGCCUUUGUCGGCCACGGCAGCAACAACGCGACGGAGCCGCUGCCGUGCAACCUCUCCUCGGACGACGCUCACGGCCGGCUGCUGGCGCUCAACGACGGGUCCCGCCGCCGUGGCCGUCGCUCUGCCGAGCGCAACGGGUCGCGAUCGCUGCAGGCCACGCCGCGGCGGCCGCACGAGCGCGCAAACGCGACAGCGGCGCCGCACCACCACCACCGCGAGGCGCGCUGGCGGGUGCGCACCGGCCGCUUCGCGCGCACCCCGGCGGGCCUCGCGCUCGCCGUCGCUCCGGUGGCGUGGGAUCGGCCGGCGGGGCAGCAGCUUGGCUCGGAGGGCUCGAUUGCCCUGACCAACCGGCCGGGCCUGCUGCGCGACCUGCUGCUCACCGCCGCCUUCGCGGUGCUGGGCGGCUUCGCGCUGAUGCACUGCGCCUCCCGCCGCUCGCUCCGCAUCUCGUGGAUCUACUCGUCCGAAGGGAACACCCACGCGCUGCUCCGCUCCAACAAGAUGCUGCUGCUGCUCACCAUCAACCUGACCAACCUCGGCUGCCACUCGGUCUUCUCGAUCCUCGCCGCCUUCUUCCCGCAGGAGGCGAAGGCGAAGGGGGCGACGGACGAGAUGGUCGGCCUCAUCUUCGCCUCCUUCGCCUGCGUCAUCUUCGUCGCCUCGCCGCUGGCGGCGCGCCUCAUGUCGCGGCACGGCAAGUCGUACGUCUACAUCGCGGGCGUCGUCAUCGUCUCGCUCUCGACAAUCAGCUUCGCGGUCGCCGACGCGCUGCCGGCCGGCUGGCCCUUCACCGGCUGGUGCCUGCUCAUGCGCCUCGUGCAGGGCUUCGGCUCCGCGCUCGAGGAGAGCGCGGGAGAGACGGCGGCGUACGCGCUGAUCGCCGACGUCGACCCGGAGCGGGUCUCCUUCCUGCUCGGCAUCACGGAGAUGUCGACCGGGCUCGGGUACAUGGUCGGGCCGCCGCUCGGGGGCUGGCUCUUUUCGAUCGGCGGCUUCCGCACGCCCUUCCUCCUCCUCGGCGUCCUCCUCCUGCCCGCCGCUGCGCUCAUCCACCAGCGGGCGCUCGGCAUCGCCACGUCGCCCGACUCGAUCGGCCUCCUCUUCUCCGUCUCCUCCGUCUGCUACACCAUCUCCUGCCCCGCGAUCGGGCUCCUCUCCGACCGCAGCCGCAUCGGGCCGCGCCCGAUGAUCUACGCCGGGCUGCUCGCCCAGGCGAUCGGCUUCCUGCUGAUCGGGCCGUCGCCCCUGCUCGGCUGGCUGCACGGCGGCAGCGCGUCGUGGCUUCAGGUUGUCGGCGGGCUGGUGCUCUUCGGGGUAGGCGAGACGGGCUGCGCGCACAGACGAGCCGCCCGCCGCCGGGCCGCCCCUCCCACCCCGCCGCCGCCGCGCCCAGGCGAGAGCAUGAGCAUGACGCCCGUGAUGGACGACAUGAUGCACUCCUGCGGCACCGCCGCCUCGUCGUGCAUCAACGCGCUCUCGUCCCUCAUGGCCUCGGCAGCCCACGCCUCGGCGAGAGGAGGCGAGCGCACCGAGCAGCCCUGUCUCGAGGUGUCGAGGAUGGUGGGCCCGCUCGCGGGCACCGCGCUGGCGUCGCACAUGGGCCUUCCGUGGGCGGGCACGCUGAUGGCGCUGCUCAUCUGCCUGCAGCUCUUCCUCAUGGCCGCGGCGGACCUCUGGCUGCCGCACGCAGGCAGGUUGCGCGGCUUCAUGCCGCUGACGCAGAACGCCGCGGCCGCAACCGAGCUGGAGCGCUUCACGUCGAGCGGGAGCAGCCAGUCCCGGCACGGCUCCUCGGCGGCGAUCAGCUCAGGGGAUGAACUGUGA